AUGAAGUUCACUGCUGCCAUUGGCGUUGCUUUCCUAUCUAUGGCCCCGUCGGCUGUGGCCUGGAAGCUGCCUCACGCCGACAAGGCUGCGGCCGUUGCUACUCCUACUGAGCAGCUAACUCCUACUGGCGGUUUCUCAUCCGGAACCCCAUCUGGAUCCGUAUCUGUAACCCCAUCUGCAACUCCUUCUGGAACCCCAACUGGUUGGCCCACUGGAUGGCCUACCGGAUGGCCUACCGGAUGGCCUACCGGAUGGCCCACUGGAUUGCCCUUCAUCCCCGAAGGUCCUGAACAUGAAGGACCUGGCCACGAAGGAGGCAGUCAUGGAGGACCUGGCCAUGGCGGACAUCGUCACGGACCUGGCCACAAGGGACCCGGCCUGGGAGGAAAUGGUCAUGGUCAUGGAUCCAAGUCCACCAGCUCUCCCACCGGAACUCCCACCGGCACUCCUACUCGCACUCCUACUCGCACUCCUACCCGCACUCCUACCCGCACUCCUACCAGCGUGCCCACUGGAUACCCCUCGACUACCGCCGAGACUGCUGCUGCCGCUGCCGAGGGACAGGGCUCAUCUGGUGAGCCCGGAGACUUCGCUCGUCUUCACGCCCGUCAUAUGUUGUUUUAG